AAGGAACAUUUGUGCCAAGUGGGACAUUUGUACUAAAAAAUGCAGCGUUCAACCUCUUAACAAGUCUACUAAGGACAAUUCUCACGACAUUGUUGCAUUUUGAAGACACCAUAGCGCAGGCCACAAAGAAAUAAGAAAUAGACUUGUCACGCAAGAAAAUGGAUCAUCUUUACCCCUUGAAAAUUGGGUCUGCGGUUGUUCUCAACACCAAGCCAUCUGUAGACUUAGAAAGUGAGAGAGUACCAGGGCUUCCUUUUAAACCAUGUGCUCGGAGUGGACACUGUGCUGUUGCUGAUGAGCAUAAUAUAUACUUACUGGGAGGAUACAAUCCUGAUGAUGAUGUCAUCACAGAUUACUUUGGGAGUGACCAGCAUGUCCCACUAUUUGGUGAGGUUUGGAGGUAUCAUAUCCCAUCCAACAGGUGGCAUUUACUGACAAAUGAAGGCGAAUCUUACUUCCGACUUGCUUCUAUGUCAGCUAUCUUAAAAGGAAAGACAAUAUUGAUCUUUGGAGGCACUAGCUACCCCUUUGGUUACCGUAGCACAAACAAGAUAAGUUGGCUAGACGUUAGGAGAAUCGAUUGGCUUAAUAAACCAGAGAAGGGUGAGCACAGGCCCAUCAGGAGUUACGGUCAAGCAAUAGCGGCCAUCAAUCCUUACCUCUAUGUGUAUGGUGGCACAACUGGUUGGGUGUACUGUUCAGACAUUCAUAGGUGCCACGUUCAGACCGGGGUCUGGGAGAGGGUUUUUAACUAUGAGGCAGCUGCAACAGCCAUGAUGAGGGCUGGAAAGACUGAAAACAUAGCGAUUCCUGAUCCCCGUUACAGACAUGAGAUGCUGAAUGAUGACAGGAGGUUGUACGUCAUUGGAGGUGGCACUUCUUCUUCUGCCUUCCCACUAGACAAGGUGAAUGCAUUCGACACCGAGUCCAGGCAGUGGGAGCUAUUAUUUACCAAACCUGAUGAGAGGUAUGGCUUCCCAGGACCAAGACGCUGUCAUGGUUGUGCACAACUAGGAAAAGUGGGUUAUAUCAGUGGUGGUUUUGAUGGAAGGGAAAUCUAUGAUGACAUUUGGAUGCUAGACUUGACAACUCUCCAGUGGACCAAACUGCAAACAAAACUUCCUAGACCGGUUUACUUUCAUUCAUCAGCUAUCACACCGAAUGGCUGCCUUUUCAUACAUGGAGGGGUGGUGGAUGCCCAUGGAACUGAUCGGAGUGAUGCCUUGGUCAGAGUAUGGGUUUGGGUACCGUCCCUCCUCCGCAUGGCAUGGAACAGGGUCCUCUCUCUUCUUAGAGACCCCACCCGUAUAGAGAAACACACCCUCCAUGCUCUGGGUGUGCCUCCUUCCUUACUACCUGACAUUGGAUGAUGAUCAUCAUCAUCAAGAUGGUGGUCUUUUUGGCAAGCUGACUUGGUUUUUUAGCACAAAUAUAUUUAACACUGAAUAUGCAAUAAAAAGAAAGAAAUAUAUUGACUCUUAUUGACUGACUGUGUUAAGGUACUUCAGUUACCAGGAGAGGUGUUUUACAAAGAUUUUUACGUGACCGAUAAUUGCUCUUAGAUUCCCAUUCUUUUUAUACGACUAGGACACUCUCUACUGCCUAUUAUUUCAAAAGUUUUUGUAUUAGAUAUUGUGAAUUCAUUGGUACUUGAGUCUUUUAUGAACACUUACUCUCUGUAAAACAUCCUCCAGGGAAUCGUAACAUAGAAAAUAUGAUCAAUAUUUUGAUUCAGCAUAACUGUUAAGCCUCUUUCAGAUGAGGCAAAGCUAAGCAUUAGUUUUCAUGAUGAGUAUUGACUCACUUAAGGCUGUAAAUUAGUGCACAUUAAAAGCUUCAAGUCCCUAAAUUGUCUAAUAUUGUGCAAACUGUAGCUCAUGACAUCACAAUGAUCUCAUGAUGACAUACAUCUCCACGUAAUUUCUGUAUAUUGAAUGGUGUCAUGAAUCUGUCUACAAAACCUGUGCGAUAUUCAACAAAAUUUAUUUACCCUAACUUUUACUACGAAUCUGAUUGGACUGCACAGUUUAGUUGCACAGGUAGAAGUGUACUUUCGCUGAUGCCUCUUAUCUCAUUGACUUUGUACACAAUGAUGAUGAAAACCCCCAAUAGUUGGUUCAUAUUGCUUAUGUCCACAAUUACUACCAAGGCUUGAGCAAUAGCUGCCAAUGGAGCAUGUUUACAUAGUAGGGAUGUCAUACGUGUAAGAAAGUUGGCAGCCAGCGUUAAUUGACUUUGUAGCUCUUGAAAAUUACUUGAAUUUGUAACCAAUCUUUUCUUUCGCCCUGCAUUUACUAUAUUUGCAAGAGCAAUAGGUAAGCAAUGGCAGAUCCAGGAUUUUGAAAAGGUGGGGGUGCAGAUGACAAUCUUAGAUACAGCUAUCAUAGUAAUACAUGUAUCUAUAUUCAAUGGGCAGUUUUCAAAAGGGGGUGGACACCCCUUACGCCCCUACCUGGAUCUGCCACUAGGCAAGCAUGGGGGCUUCUUGCACCAUUGUAAAUACCAUUGAGUGUGCUGCAUCCUGACUAACAUACUCACACCUGUGCAUUAUUUGUAUAAUAAUCACUAAGAUAUUUGGUCAUCAGAGUUCAGUAGAAAAUUGAACAAUAAUAAUAGGUAACAUGUCAUGUACUUCAUGGAAGCUACAUUGAACAUUGCUGUUGUGAUGUGGUAAAUGAAAUGCAUCCAUUGCUCUUGGUGGAUAAUAAUUCAAUUAUAACAAGAAAAUAUUGUAAAAUGCAUGCAUAUGUGUAGAUUGUUGCGUGUUAAAUGAAUAGCAGUUUUAUGUCCUGGGAGUAAAUUGUGACAGACAUUAUGCAAUAUGAAUAAUGUUUUGAAGUAUUGUUUUCUUGUUAUUUUCCAGGGAAAACAUGUACAUGUAGACCACUUGAUAUAAUUUACUGUGAGAAAGUAUUUGGCAUUAACCACAAUGGAGGGCAAAUCAGUACUUGGUUCAUUUUACAUUGUGAGGAAGAAGGAAAAGAUGCUGAUUUUGUCUGUAAAGAAUUCUAGAUAUACAUGUAAUAUGUGCAAUUGUGUGACCUUUGAAGUCCUUGCAGACAUUUUACUUUCAAAUAGUAAUUUUUUUAUGUAUGUGUAUAUUAUGUAUAAAUCCAGUUGGAACAAUAUUUUUGUUACAGGUUGAAUAUAUGGAUUUAAAGAAAACGCUAUAAAUUGUUAUGAAGACCAGCCUUCCAAGAGAUAUUAAACAAGGAAUAUGACUCAUGACAUUGUUCUACUAAAUGAAGUCACCUUGUAGGUGGUUUCAACUGUUAUUAUAAUUUUUAUCAUUCCUUUUCUGUUUAUUUGAAUUUGAAAUAAAAAUAGUUUCCUCAGUGCUAUCUACAUGUAAUACAGGAUUUAUUAGAAAGAAAAGGGAAACCCAACUUGCAUUUUUAAUGACAAAAAGAUAUUAAUUAAUCAACUAAAUAUUAUAUGACUUGAAAAUACAACUUAGUUAUGAAUA